ACACAGGAAUUGACGUAGUUUGGAGUAUCUAAGCAAGUGCACAGUUAAAACUCUACAAGAAGUUAGAAGGCGAGACAUAAAUAAUUUGAGUAAUUUUAUUUCUAAAGAUGGCAGCACCUGUAAUAACCAUUUAUAGAAAUGGAGACACGUAUCAGAAUGGGAAACGUCUGGUAUUAAAUCGUAAAGAAAUUCGUAGUUUUGAUGCGUUUUUAGACCGAGUGACCAAGGACACAAGAUCACAAGUCGCUGUGCGUAGUAUAAGAACACCAAGCCACGGCCAUCGAGUAAACGAACUCGACAAGUUGGAAAAUGGCGGCAUAUAUGUGGCCGUUGGUCCAGAAAAGUUCAAGAAAUUAGAGUACAAAGAAGCAAGCACUCUCCCCACCCACAAGCAGAAACCGCCCGAGCAGUUAAUCAGGCCAGUUGUCCAUAGCAGAGUUAUUGUUUCUGGAAGAGCUAGAAAAGUUGCUGCUGCUGAAAGUUCUUCGAACAAAACAAUCUUCGUCUUUCGAAAUGGAGACGACAAACAACCUUGCUUCAAAAUUCACCUUGACAAACGUAUCUUGCACACUGGUAUGGAUACGAUUCUUCAGUUUGUCACAGAAAAAGUAAGACUUCGCACUGGGGCUGUAAGAAGUCUAUAUACAUUAGAUGGCAUAGAAGUACUGGAACCUGCUCAACUGAAAAGCUUAGAGAAAUAUGUUGCAGUUGGUUACGGUAAAAAGUUUUUAAAAAUGGCAUACAGUGAAAAUGGAUCAACAAGUUUAACACCAAGAAAAGGCGGGCUAAAGCUGAAAUCGAUGUCUUCGGAACCACCACAUAGGAAGAAAAGGGCAAGACCGCCUGUAAAAGCACUAUCUCAGGGACAUGUGAAAACGCCCGUUAGAAGCGACAAAGCAUUUUCUGAUAAAGAUGAUUUGACGAACUCGACCUCUGCAAAGGAACCAUCAGAUGCACACAGCAUAGAAUCAGACAAAGCAAAUCAUAACGAUGUUUCUUUAGAACGAAGUCUUACGCAAGAUUUACCGCCGCUUGGACAGAAUGAAGAGGCAAACAACAACGACAGUGACGAUCGAGAGGCAGUGUCGCGAAGGAAAUCCUCUGCGGAGGACAGGAAGUCAGUGCAAAGGGGCGCAAAAGAUGAUGCCGUUGAAGAAGUCAGUACCCCCGAGAAGAGCUCUUCCAAAGAGAAGAAAGGAAAAACAACUGCAGAGCAAAGGAAAGCAGAGCUAAAAGCGAAAUUGAAAGGCGAGAAUCAAAUGAAAGCUGCCGCAAAGAAGACGCGGCCUGAAAAAGAUGAUAAAAAGGAAGACAAAGUGGAAGAUCUUGAGGAAGAUGACCAACAAAAUGAGCCAUCAGUUUUCAAAGCGACAGGAGACCAGGGAGAAAGUGGUAAAAUGAUUAAGGAAAACGAAGAAACUAACGUAGACAAGCCAGUGGACAUGUUGCCAGCAGAAGAAGUUGAGGAGGAAUUAGAAGCAAAUGCAACGCAAAAGGAAGAUGAAGAAAAUACCAAGGUGAACAAUGAUUUUUAUGCCUUUGCCCAAAGAAAUCGCUUCAAAGCAAAAUCAACGUAUCUUGUGACAUCAAAUGACAAUGAACAGGACGAUAAAGUUGCCGAAAACUCCAAGCCUACUGAGGACAACGAGGCUUCAAACGCCAUCCGAGAUAGUUUGGAGGAUGGAAAUUGAAUCAUCUCCACUAAAUGUAUGAAGAAAAGAUAAAAAUUAAAUGUAAAAAAGUCCAUUUAUUAUGGACAGGCUACGCAACUGUUUUAUUUAAAUGUUUUAUUCUUACUUAACCACAAAUUUAGUGUCAAAAUAAAAAUAUGCACAUGUUACGCAGAAUAAAUUUGUGUGAAAUUGUCGUACAGGAAACAAUAUUGGGUGUAAAUAGAUAGAUUCUUGACUUUAUUUUUAAAUUGACAUUACCAGGUAUCCUGCUUGUUAAAAAUAUCGCUGUUAGAUGAAUUUGAACCUAACACAAUAACGUUGGCUUCUUGCACUUCUUUUUCUUUAUUUUCGAUUAAAUAUAUAUUUUUGAACUGGUGAAAGAUGGAUUAGUAAAACAUUUAUGAAUUAACCAAAUGUGAAAAUACAUUAAAUAUACUUCUAAACUGGCACGAGAAAGUAGAAGCAUAUACUUAAAAUAACGGUCUACGUUUGACGUUUUACAAUGAUAAUAUUCUGAAUGAGUUA